UUUGGACGCCGGUGUUUCUGAGUCAUCGCAGCUCAGACACUCAACGUGGUUGGAGAUAUUUUUCGUAACGACCGUUCAGUAGCUACCGGAUAAUAUCUUUUGGAACCACUAAUUUCUCUCUAAUCGCCUGACAGGAUUGAGAUGUUACAGUUUAGGUUUUCGACAGUGCUUAAGGAGUUGUUUGAAGCCAGCCUCAAGCGUCCCUUGUCCGGCUCUAGACAGAAGACCUGGUUACCGACCCGCCGCUGCUGUUUCGGCGCCGCCUCCGUUGAUGCCAGAGCGGUCUCUACUCAACUGAGGGUCCUCCAUGCCGCGUCGCACCGCCCGGCGCUGCGCACCGCGCCCUGUGCCGCCCCGCUCCGCUCCUACUGUACGAAAACCGAAGGUGCCGUGGAGCACGACGAGCAGCUGAAGAAAGACGGAGCCGGCACCGAAGCAGCCACUGACAAGAGAAGAAAUGCAGGCAUUCUCCCCAGUUUGGAGGACUUGCUGUUCUACACAGUGGCCGAAGGUCAAGAGAAGAUUCCCGCUCAUAAGUUUCUCACAGCUCUUAAAGCUACUGGGCUCCGCACUGGAGAUCCCAGACUGAAGGAAUGCAUGGACACCCUCAAAGAAACUCUAAGGAACACAUCCGAUGGCGUUACGUUGGACAGGCACCUAUUCAAGAAGUGUGUCCAGAGCAACAUUGUCCUGCUCACUCAGGCCUUCCGCAAGAAGUUCGUCAUCCCAGACUUCCAGUCCUUCACCUCCCAUAUUGAUGAGCUGUAUGAGAGUGCCAAAAAUCUCUCUGGAGGACAGGUUGCAGACUACAUUCCUCAGCUCGCCAAAUUCAGCCCCGACCUGUGGGCCGUCUCCCUGUGCACGGUGGACGGACAGAGACACACAGUAGGCGACACUAAGGUCCCCUUCUGUCUGCAGUCCUGUGUCAAACCUCUGAAGUACGCUGUAGCUGUUCAUGACCACGGCACAGAGUAUGUGCACAGUUUCAUUGGGAAGGAGCCCAGUGGCCUGCGCUUUAAUAAGCUUUUCCUGAAUGACGAUGAUAAGCCCCACAACCCCAUGGUGAAUGCUGGCGCUAUUGUGUGUACUUCACUGAUAGAGCAAGGUGCAAGCAACGCAGAAAGAUUUGAUUAUGUCAUGAACUUUCUGAAAGACAUGGCGGGAAACGAGUAUGUGGGUUUUAGCAACGCCACAUUCCAGUCAGAGCGCGAGUCAGGAGAUAGGAACUUUGCCAUAGGCUACUACCUGAAGGAGAAAAAGUGUUUCCCAGAGGGGACAGACAUGACCUCUGUACUGGACUUCUACUUUCAACUGUGUUCCAUCGAGGUGACCUGCGAGAGCGCCAGCGUCAUGGCAGCCACGCUGGCUAAUGGCGGCAUCUGCCCAAUCACGGGUGAGCGCGUGCUGAGCCCGGAGGCGGUGAGGAACACCUUGAGUCUGAUGCACUCCUGCGGCAUGUAUGACUUCUCAGGACAGUUUGCUUUCCAUGUCGGUCUGCCAGCCAAGUCUGGAGUAGCGGGGGGGAUCCUGCUGGUUGUGCCCAACGUGAUGGGUAUUAUGUGCUGGUCACCUCCACUAGACAAGCUGGGCAACUCGGUCAGAGGAAUCCAGUUCUGCACGGACCUCGUGGAGCUUUUCAACUUCCACAACUACGACAACCUGAGGCACUUUGCCAAGAAGCACGACCCUCGCAGAGAAGGAGGGGACCAGCGGCAGCUCUCCUUCGGACCCAUGGAUUACGAGAGUCUCCAGCAGGAGCUAGCUCUGAAAGCUCCUCUUUGGAAAAAGGUGUCCCCUACUGAGUCGCACCAGGACAGCUCCACCACUGUAGUCUAUAGGAUGGACAAUGUCGCCGAGUGAAAUUUUAAAAAAGGAGACCCAGCCUGCCCCUACACCCCCCACCCGACCUCAGCUGAUCUCUCCCCCUCCCCUCCUCUCAAACACCACCACCACCUUCCCUCACCCUCGAAUAUUUAUACAUAAAUUAUGUAGAGGAUUAUUUAUUGUUUGUGAAGCGGUUACUGUGUGGACAUACUGGGAAGCUCCUUAUGUUUUUAUUUGUGAUGGGGGGAAAAAUGGGAUGAGUUACUGCUUGUUAAUUUUUAUUUUCUGAAUUUCAAAUGAACUCUAAGCCUCCUGCGUGUUGCCUUAGUGUGUGUGUUUAGGAUCUGCUGUACAGUGUACAGGUUGUUUCAUAUUACCCUCUUUAUGUGCUUUUGACAGAAUCCUCUUCAAAAAUGUUGGCUAAGAGUUGAUUUGAAAUUCAUUUUUUAUUCUAAUCAAAAUGCAUAUGCAUUAGUUUGCAUGUGUGGAGCUUCAGUACAGCCAGCUGUUAGACCAACUGUCUUAAAAUACACGUUCAGACUACUUUGUAGUGAUGAUAGUGUAGUGUAGCUCACACUGAGGCCUCAAACUCUGGUGAUAUUAGCACAUUAAUACAGCUGCUGGGUGUUCCGUAGUACUUGGUGAAUAUAGCAGCAGAAACUAAUGUGGUUUUGGAUCACUGAUGGGAAGUUUUGGGUCAAAGGAGAAUAAUGUUAACAUAUAGUUAGCUGAGAAUACCUGGGCUGAAGUGCUGAAGUGUUAUUAUGGCUAACAUGACAUAGUUUUUUUUAAAAGCUGUGAAUCUUGAAGGGAUUUUAAUAAUGCAGGAGUUUUGCUUUUUUUUUAGUCUUGAAAUGCUGGACCUUAAAAAGGAAAAUCAGCCCAAAAAAACUGACAGUUUAUCUGAGUCGCUAUCAUGAAAGUGCAACGUUUUUCAGCCUAAGGACAGUCUAAGAACCGAGGAGCUGGUUACAAACCGUUAGCCUCUGAUCCUCUUUGGUAGUUUAAUGUUAGAGUACAACAUUUCUCUGCACAUAUACAAGCACCUGUACCAUCUUUCUGUAGGUGGGUAAACAUUGUAAGACAUUAUACUUGCCUGCAGAUGUCUAAAGUAGAAUGAAUCCAGACAUUUGUGAAAUGAGAUUAGUUUGAACCCCCAUUGGAGCGGGAUGCAAAACGGGUUGCAGGAGAUUUUUACUGCAUGUGUAUGUGCUCUAAUACCUUUUAAAAGUUAACAUGAAUUUGAAUGACUUUGAAAUGUACCAUCAUUUGUGCCUCCCUACAUACCUUUUUAGUAAAUGGAAUACAAUGUAGACAUUAAACUGAUAAGUGCGAAACACAGCUAUUGUGCUGAUUUAAAGCAACAUUAUGCAAGAAUUAUACAUUUUUUGUCAAUUUUCACGAUUUAGCCUUCAGUUUCAGAGUGCAGUUCACUUCUACACCACGCUUGUAGAUAUGAAUAACUAUACACAAAAAAAAAAACUUUAAAAAAAAACCUAACAAACUGACAUCAAGCAAGUGCAACAAAACAAGAUAUAGCAAGCCAGCUAAUUUUACAGCCACUUGGUGCUUGGUCACUCUAUCCUUUUCUCUUCUUUGCUUCCUCCGUCAACGUCAGUCGGAUGUCUGUAGAGGCUGCUGAACCUGUUUCUUUUGCUGUCUUGCCCAGCUCUGGUUCUGGCCCGACACUGGUGCCCCCCCUGCCCCAGGCCUGGAAACCUCCUCCUCACAGUGGUCCAAAGCACCUGAGCCAGUGGUGUAAACGCCAACAGCAUAGAUGAUUGUGGAAACUAGCAGCUACUUUAGCAACAAUCUUUCUGUCCGUCAGGAAACUCGGAGCAGCUGAAGUACAUCAGAGGGAAAACCAGAAAUGUUUUCCCCAUAAAAUAUGAUUCAGUUUCACCAAAUCAGUGGUGGAGUGUUAGUGCUGUAAAUCCACUUCUUACGGGAGAUUGAACCCACUCACCAAAGUUACAAAGUGCAGUAAAAGGCGUUUUGGUUGCAGAGUUCCUCCGAAUGAUAUUGAAGUUGUCAUUUUUAGGUCAAACAGUAGCAUAAUGUUGCUUUAAACAGAGAUGGCAAAUUGAAAAGAGACUGUUAAAAAGGACAUAAAUUGACUUUAACCUAGGGCUGCCCUCCACUAAAGAAAUUCUUAGCCCACUAACACUUGAUCAACUUAACCAAAUUGACCAAUUGAUUAGUUGAGUAGUCUACACAGAAUCAUGCAAAAACAUGACUCUUGGAAAUGCAGGCAAAAUAAAUGACUAAUUGUGUAAAUAAUUAUUGGUGGACAAGGACAAAAACGACCAAUUAGUCACCAGGUCCACUAAGAGGUGGCAGCCCUACUUUAACCUGCUGGUAUUUGUCAGUUAGGGCUGAUUUUUCUGAUCAUAUGAUAAUGUGGGUACAUAAAAGAGUUUGCUCAGGAUAAAGGUGAGAUGACUAAAACAAGCUGUUUUCGAGGCUCCUAAUGGAGACUGGCUUAACUUGAUCCUUGUCCUAAAUCACCUGCCAGCGCUCUCGCUGGACCGGCUGCAUCAUUCUGAGCUGCUGUUGAGUUUAGAUGGUGUGUGUGUGUGUUUGGCUGGCUGCCAUGUUUGUCAGUGUUAGCAGGUGUACUCGUUAUGACGUGGACAGAGGGGUGUUUGUGUUUUCUGCUGCAACCUCCAGUUAAAGCCGCUCGUAGCCUACAUGCGUCUAGCCGGUCCUUGUGCAGGUGACAGCAGAGUUUAUCUGGGCUGCAUUCCAAACCAUCUGUGUGUUGUUCUGCUGUACACAGAGAUAACUUGAAACAGGAUGCCUUAAUCUACAAAUAAAGCUGCUUUCUACAGAAACAGACCAUUGCACAUUUGCAAUAAAGCGAUGAUUGACAUGGUGAAAAACAGAGGAAGCUCAGUGUAUAAAUUCCCAUUUUGCAGUAGGUUUUUAUUAUGCCUUCACAUAUUUAAAAAAUCCAAACCAUAACUUGAACUGCAGUAUCAAGAAGAUGUUAAUGCAUUGAGUUACAUGUCUCAAGUCCACUGAUCCAGAAAUGUUUAGCUGCAUACUCCAAAAUUGUUUUUUGAGUGUCAGUAUUCAAACAAUGCAUUGCGUUUUCAGUAUUGUUUGUAAAGUUGGGAAAGUGUUGCUCUUCCAGUUAGCUUGUACCAAGACUGUUUUCCAUAUACAUAAUUAACUGUACUUCUGAAUGUACAUAGUGGCAGGUGUAUAUAGGACUGAUGGCCCUCAACAGCAGACCAGAAUGUGUAUUGAAAAUACACUUCAGACGUUCCAAAUUUAUAGUUCUGUCUCCUCCAGGAAAUUAGAAAUACUUGCACAUGAAUGUCAUGUCAGCAGCUCUGCUGUGACUGUCGUGGGAGAGGGUUAAUCUGUUUGUUACUCAAUCAUUGUUAAACUGUACAAGUGGUGUGUGGUGUUGGACUCAAGCUCAAAGUGUCGGCUGCUGGAGCCAAUGAUACCGUGUAAUAACCAUGUCAAAGUGUGUAAAGGUUUUUCUUUGUACCAAAAAUAACACAAGUCCAUGACAUAAAAAAAUGCUGCAAAGUAUCCAAGCCUCUGUCAUCAGUAAUUCUAUUUACUUUUCAGAAAAAAGUGUCUGUUUUCUAGAAGAAGUAGAGUUGGAUCGGUUGGCUAUUUUAAAUGACUUCAUCCAUGGAUCUUGUUGCUUUCUGCCUAAAGUUUUGCUGUUAGUUGUUUAACCCAAAGUGAAUUAUAAUGCAAAGAUGCUGAUUAUAGAAUUUGCACGAAGUUCUCGUGAUGCUGUGAAUUCUUGCAGCAUUGAGAGUCUCUGCACAGUGUAGCCCUGACCUGGUUGUUAGGAAAAAACCAAAGCCUUUUUUAAAAACGUCAUCACGAUAAAAGUAUUUAUUUCUUUUGAUUAGUUUAUUGCAGUUAAAUCACAGACGAAGCGUUUUAUUUUGGGCUCAUGUUGCUGCAGUGGCGAUCAUCCAGACGCAGUUCUUUGCAAUUCACCGAGCUGUGUGCACUUCCCGAUAAUGUUAUGAAUCCAGACAUGACGGUGUUUGGUUUUCCAACUUAUCUGGAACUUCCACAAGAGUUGCAAAACAGUAAAAGUUUUUAUUUUGGACACAAUUGAUUAAAAGGAAGUAAUGGCAGAUAGAAUCAAUCUACCCUGCAGGUUUACCGUGAGUGUGACGUGCAUUUUGCAUGUAGUUUGCAUUUGCAUUAUGUCACAUAAUGAUAUAAGCUGGAGGACCAGGACAGCCAAUGAAAUUGAAAUGCCGCUUGGCCUGUAUAUUAGCUUCUGUGUCAAUACUCUGCUUCUACAAAAACAUACUGCUGUCAGUAACACACACUGGGUAUGGAUAAGGAUUUAUAUGUAGCAUCAUCAUCCAGCAACCUACUUUAGGUCAUAUGGAAAAAGUUGCAAAAUAGCAUUUUGAUGCUAACAAACAUACUUUAACCAUAAUGUUUGGAUUUGACGUAUUUACAGUGCUUGAGAUCGCUCCCACCUCAGUUCUAGUGUCUAGGUCUGUGAAGGGAAUUCGUUAGUAAUCAACACCUUUGAGUUCUUCGCUGCUACAGGACGGGGUCAUGGGCACAAAACCUAAAACACAAUGUCUGAAUGUCUACAAGACUGCAACCAAUCACAGUUGAUUAUCAGAUCUUUACUCAAUGACCAACGAGCCCAAUGUUGCUUUGAUUUCAUAUAAAAUAAAUGACCUGUAUUACUUGAAGUUUAUUUAAUCGGCAACCCCUCUCUCACUCCUCAAACUGUGAUUAUUUUUCCGUACAAUGAAGCUCAUGACAGAGGGGCUUUUGAAUGCUAUACCAGUAUUUCCAUGGAAACCAACAGAUUUAUGGAUCAUGUAAUGUUCAUUUUUUUCUCUGUGAUUUCUCAUUCUGUUCCCUGUUGCAUGCAUAUUUCUGUAUGAUUUAAUAAAUGUGUUUGUGAUCCCAUGUAAUCAGUCUGUUUUCAGUUCAUUUGAUUACCUCCCACAUGUCUUUAUUUAUGUUGAUUGAUGUCUUGGACAUAAAUUUUAUUUGUGACAUGGAAAUUGCAUAUGAAUUGAAAAACUAUCACUACCAUUGCAUUGUGGUGACCUUGGAAUUGUACGGUUGUCUCAUGGUUUUGUCACAUAUUAGAUAAUUACGCAGUUUCAACAAACGGAUUUUAGAAAAAACGCUAAAAAUGCAAAGUUUGGGAAGUGGUUUGGAUUGGGUUGGAAAAUCUUUCCAUAAUAAGUAAAUUUCUCGAAACAAGAUGAAGCCAAACAGUUCCAAGGUCAUGAUUGUCAAAUUUAUCUAUGUUUUGAUUUCUUUUCUCAGUCCACAUGGUUGUAUUUCUGUAUGUAAAGACUCCAUGAACUGUCCUGUCUGCCAGUAGCGAGACAUGAACUUGUCUUCCUUCACUUUUCUGAGCAAAUCUUCAAUUUCUUUGGCUGUGAUGGACUAGCAGACAUGACAUUGGCAUUGGUGUUAAGGUUUUUUUUCUUUUUUUUUUAGCAUUUGUGUCCCUUGUAUAAAAUCAAAUAAAGCACUGUUAUAUAAUCUCA